CCUUUUCGGCCAGUCUUUGAUUAUUUUAAAAAUGAAAACUCCGUAGAAGAAAGAAUUGUCGAUGUAGGGGAAAAAUAUCUCUUGUUCUUGUUCGCUGUUCAGCUAAUACAACUUUAUCUUAGUUGUGAUUGAACGAAUGAAGAGAGUUUGGCAGCCGCGUUCAGAAAUUCGCGCCAAAACCGCCAAAACAUGGGUUCUAGGAUCCAGUCUUUCACCGUCCCGUUCGAGUGCGGCCAUCUUGGUUUCUGGACGUUCGGAUCGAGCUAGAUCGUCGAUCUUU